CCACUCACAGCCAAGAUGCCCAAGAGGAAGGUCAGCUCUGCAGAAGGGGAAGUAAGGGAGGAGCCCAAGAGGAGGUCAGCAAGAUUGUCAGCUAAACCAGUCCUUGCAAAGGCUGACCCCAAGCCCCAAAAGACAACAGGAAAGGAUAAAUCUGAGGACAAAAAAGUUCAUACAAAAGGAAAAAAAGGAGCAAAAGGAAAACAAGCAGAAGUGACUAACCAAGAAGAGAAUAAAGAUGACUUACCUGCAGAAAAUGGAGAAAUGAAAAAUGAAGAGGUCCCACUCUCUGAUUCAGCAGGAGAGAAAGAAACCAAAUCUGAAUAACAUCUUAUACCAAGUCUUUUGACAGUUGUCCCUGUUACCUCCCUUCUUGUACAAUUCAGAGGAAUAUUUUUAUCAACUAUUUUGUAAAUGCCAGUUUUUUAGUAGCUCUAGAAACACAUUUUUAAGGAGGCAAUCCCACCUCAUCACAUUAAUU